AUAGUCCGUUUGCUAAUGUCUCCUGAUCGUUACAGCUGACUCUAGGACACCUUAUAGUCUUUUACGUUGUUGAAUUUCACGAAUUUAAUGUAUAUCAUUAUUGCUGUCAUUUUAACAUCAAGUCAACAGUCUGGAUGGUAAUCAUUUUAGAAAACUUUUUGAAUGAUGAUAACAAUCGUGUAAAUAAUUAUGGAAGUGGGAUAUUGAGUGAAGUCAAAUUAUUUUCAAAGUUCAAAUUUCUUUGGAUAGCCUGUUCUAGGUCAUAUAGUAAAUCAAAUUUCCAUUUCCAGCUAUCAUCAUGUAUAUUUUUUUGAUGGAUCAAGGUCGCCUUGUCUCACUAGAUGACAACUUAUUAUCUCAAACGGUUUCAAGUCUACGGAAUGUUUUGGCUCAUGAUUUUGACCUACCAUUGAAUAAACAAAUUCUUUUAGUAUCAGGUGGUUUUCAGUUGGAACCAGGUGAUAAACUGUCAACUUAUGGUGCGGGUUUGGAUAAAACUAAUCCAAUUUAUGUGUUUACGCAAACAUUCUCAAAUGAUACAACUGUUCAAAAACCAGAUGUCUUGCAAGUCAAUGAUGGAGGGUAUCCACGACAACUUGCCAGUCUAUUAGAGUUAGCUCCAUCUGAAAAGGUAUUUGAAGAGCGACUACGUCUUAUUCGUUCACUUACUCCGAUUGGUCGUGAAGCUGCCAAUGCAAUUGAACAAUUGGUUUCUGAACAACGUCAAAUGAUACAGGGAUGGUGUGUUGCAUUAGCUAAUUUAGCCGAAGUAGCGGCAGAUACAAAUAAACGUUUGUUGUUUGCAACAAGUCGAUUAGUUCAAUUUGAAGGAUGUGUAUCAGAUUGGGAACGAAAAUUGUACAACUUCAACGAAUUAAAAAAGGAAUUAUCAGAAUUGCCGUUACCACCGCAGUUGGUAGCUGGAACUAGUGAAAUCCUUGAUCAGAAAGAAUCGUUCAAUUUUAACAAUAUUCCUAAACCAACAAAUUUAUACGAAUGGGUUUGUUUACAAUCUGCUAUAUCUAGCGUCGGGACGCGUUAUUCCUUACCAUCGUCAACAAUUAAAGCCGUUGGUUUACAAACGAUUGCAUUGUAUCUUGGUCGACAUGUCGGUGUUGGUAGUGGUAGUACUGGACGUGUUCGUACAACAAGUACUGGUCAUAUUGGUGUCGUCAGUGGUGCUAAUGAUGGUAUUAUGUCAAAUAAUUCAGGAUCCACUUGUAUUGGAUCAAAUCAACCUACUGGAGUUUCUUUUUAUACUGGUGGUUCUCAAACCAGCUUAAAUAGUUUAGGCUCUACAAAUUCAACAAAUUCCUCAGAUAUACGUUACAUCAUGGAUCAUCAUCAAUAUUCCAUCACCAAAGAUGGUAGCGAUACAAAUGUACAGGAUCCUUCUUCUUCAGCAUCUGAUUGUUAUGAGUCAGCGUUUUUAGAUAUAAUUAAACGUGCAUUACAUGAUAUACAUUCGUUACGAUUUGGUCCAGAUUCACCAUUCAAUUUUAAUGCUAAACCACCGGAUAAUUUCAGUAGUGAAUUAGUUUAUGUUAGAGCACAAACAAAUCGUUUAUGUGAACUGAUUACAAUGGUUACUAAUUGUUCAAAAUCAAAUUAUGAUGAAAUGACUACUUCUACUAUGUCUCAUCCUUCGACGAAAUCAUCAUCCAACAUUACUACUACUAAUCUUGUGACUGGACUGAAUACUGCAAUGUCUAGUUCGAAAGAUAUUUCUAUUGAUUCAAUGAACAGUGGUAUUACAUCAAAUGAUUGCAAUGGAGCAGUGAAUAAAAGAGAAAUCCCACUACGCACAUCAUCGUCAACAUAUUCGUCAACUUUAUUCCCAUCGAAAUUGCCAUAUAAUGAUGGUGUAGAUGAUAUACACUUGAUCAGUGUACGUGAUGCGUUAGAUCCAGGUUAUUUCAGUCAACGUCUUUCACAACUUGACCCUUUAUUGUGUGAAGCUGUAGAUCUAGCCAGAAAAAUGAUUGGAAUCGAACAGAAUUCUAUAAAAACUUUUCAACAGAUAAUCCAACAAAAAGUUAAUUCAUUAUUACAGACGAAAUUUAUAGAAAAUACCCAAAAUUCACAAGAAUUAAUUAUUGCAUUCAAUCGUCUUUGUGAAAUUCUCGGUAUUGUUAUGGAGAGUAAACUUUUACUGGCUAAUAAUUUGUUUGAUCGUCAACGUUGGCUACAAAAUUUCCAAUCAGAAUUAAAUCGUCUCGAUGCAAUUAUUCAACGUUGUCUUCGUCGUAUGUGUCGUGUCACUACAACUGGUACAUUAAUAUCUCAAUUAAAUGAAGCUGGUCCCACCUAUGCUCGCUGUUUAGCUGAAAUUGUUAGGCGUACGGAAUUCGACGAUAUGCUUACUCAACGAUCUGUAUGUUAUCUUAAAGAGGAAACUAAUUUGAGAACUGAAGAAUGUCGUCGACGGCGUAUAUUUUCUAAACAUUUAAAAAAUAACGUUCUACAUUCACUCUUUUCACCAUGGACUAGUUCAAAAGCGGAAUAUCUCGGGCUUACCAAUAUACCAGGAACAAUUUCUAUGUCACAAGAUGUAGUUGAACAGCAAAUGUGUGAAACAUCUACUACCACCACCAUUACUACUACUACUACUACUACUACCACUAUGACUACUACUACAUCUAAUCAAAAAGUCGAUUCACUUUCACAUAGUCCUCAAACAAACACAGCAGAAUUCACAGUGAAUCGACGAUAUGCCUUAUCUUCUUUAUCUGAACCACGUUUAAAUGAAUUAGCCAAAGCUUGUGCAUUGAAUCGUGUACAACAUUCGCGUGUUCGUUCAACUCGAUUAAAUUCACUCAGUUCACCAGAUCCUCAGUUGACUAAAGUUAAAGAAGAUGAAGUGAUUGAAUCGGAUCAAAGUAAAAAACGUUCAAAUUACAAUUGUCCUAUACAACAUCAACCAGUUCUGUUACGUCCACCACAUACUAAAGUAAUGCUUGAUGCUAAUCGUCGUGCUUCAAUGCCAUUUGAUGAAUCUGAUCGAGGUGAAUUAUCCAGUCUAUCAAAUUGGUCAGUUGAUUCGUCAUCAUUAUUAGGUAUAUUAUCGAAUAAUUUCUAUCAAACUGAUCAUCAUAAUCUAUCGAAUAUAACACAAUCAGUUAAAAUUACUCGUGAUGAUUUAGAAAGGUUAAUGCAAUCUAUGCCUACUAAUAUAUCUAAUUUAUUAAGGAUGGAAUUGAAUAAAUCGUUUUCACUAUUUAAAAAUACUUCUUUUCUACCUAAUUCAUCUUUGACCAAUCCGAGUGGGAGUGUUUCUUUAGAUCAAACAUCCAAUAUUGCUAACAGUACCGGUUUUAUCUGUAGUAAUAGUAGUAGUCCAUUAUCAAAUUUAAAAUCAACUAUCAUGACGCCAACAACAACUGCCAAAAUAUCCAUAUCUACAAUGAUAACUAGUACACAAAUUAAUAUGCCUGAAACAAAAUCUAUUACAACCUCUCCAUUUAGUAGUUUAGAGAAUAUAUCAACAAGAGAUUUUAUGAAUGUUGGUUGUCAAGCUGAAUUCGGUUUAAUUGGACCAAUUCUAAAUGUUGGAUCUGGUCGAAGCUUGAAUUCUAGCCUUGGAUUAUCUGUUGAUGAUUCAGUACGUCGUACUACAAUUCAUACAGUUAAUAAUAUUCAUACAGGCUGGGAAGAACUUCCAGGAAGUUUAUGUAGUUGGGAAUUAUGUCGUUUUCCUCCUGUGGCAGUACGUUCAGGUGAUCGUAUGUCAAUUUCUUUGAAUACGUUACCACGUUUUGAACAUUUAGUGACUACUGGUACACAAACUGAAGAACAAUUGGAAUUUCCAGAAUCUCAUAAUACAUCUUAUUCUCCUGUUAAACCUAUAAGUACGGAAGAAUUAUGCUUACAAAAUAGUGCGGCACACAGAAAAAAUUCAACUACAUAUGAGAAUGACGACAAUAUCGUUGAUUAUCAUCAUCCUCAAACACUUCAAACACCUACCACUACUACUACUACCACUAGUACUAUUGUUAAUCAACAUUCAUCUUCGUCAUCAUCGUCGUCACCGCCGUUUACAAUUCACAAUGAUGAAAUUAAUGAAGACAAUAUUAUUAUAUCAUCAAUAUUUGCUGAAGAUAAUUUAUUCACUGACUCUGCUCUAAUGAUGACUUCAAGUUUUCAUUCAACAAAAACAACCUUUUCCAAUAGUAUUAUUAAUAAUAAUAAUACUGAUAUUAGUAAUAAUAAUACAUCUUCAUUACAAAUGCAUACACCUUUCAUGUCAAUGCAUAAUCAAAGUCGAUCCAUGUCUUCUAGUAAUUUAUGUGAUUUAACAAAUGCUACUGACAUUUGUGGUAGCGAAAGUACAGCAACACAAUAUGAUUCAAUGAUAUACGAUGAUGAUAUGAAAACUUCUCGUGAUGUUCUCCUUUUAAAAUCAUCAUCAUUACCGGAAGUAAAAUUACACAAGUUCAUUGAACAACAAAAUCAAAUUACAUCAUUUACAUUAUUAGAUCAUAAUUGUUUCAAAUGUCGUUUAAAACGUAUUCAUCAAGAAUAUUUUCAAUUACUUCAAGAAAGUUUAAAAUUAAUCAAUAAUAAUUGUCAUGAUCAUACUGAUCAUUAUCAAUUACAACGAAGUACUUCUGAAAUUGUAAUUGAUAAUAAUAAAUCAUCAACAACUGAAAUAAACCAAUCUAAAUCAAUUUCAUUAGAUGCAAUACAAUUAAAAUGUCUUUUCAAUGUGUUGGAAUCAUGUUCAUUAUUAUUUUUAAAAUCCAAACACAUAUCAUGUCAAUCAUCUCAUCCUGUUUGUACGGAACUAAGCACAACGACAUCAUCAAAUGGUAAUGAUACUUGUUCAAAUGUUUCGCAACCAGAUUUAUCUACGACAUUCAGGCAAGAGACUAUUGACAGUUUAAUUGACAACGACUCAACAGUAAAAGAAUGUAUUAAUUGCAUUCAAUUGACUGAUAAUACAACGAACGAUACAGCAGUACCCGAUGAAUUGGAUUUCGGGCAGUCACUACAAUAUCUUAUGGAAACUUUACAGUUAAACAGUAUUAAUCCGGUUACCACGGUUUCCAUAUCUACAUCAACAUCACCGUUGUCAUCACAAGUAUUUCCAAUCAUCACUAGUAAUGAGUCGAUUUUAACACAGACAGAAAUAAUUCCAACCAUGGAUAUGGCUACAUCAAUAACAAUUCCCAAUAGCAUGUUCACUAAAGGUUCUGAUCUUGAAGGUAGAACAUCGCCAAUCUGUGAAGUUUCAACGAAUCUAACUUCUUCAUUGAUGUGUGCUACUACUACUAAUACUACUACUAUUAAUAAUAAUUAUAAUUAUCCAUUGUCAACUAUUUCUCGUUCUACUUCGCCAAUAUUACAACAACUAAAUCACAACAAUGAACAGACUUGCAAUCUUACAACUGGAUCUUCUUGCCUCAAUAAUAUUUCAUCAAAAUUAGCUAAUGAACGUUUUACUAGUUUUGUACAUGCUAACUUUUUGCCAGAUGAUAUUGUAAUAUUUGUUCCUGUUCCAGGAACUAGACCAAGUAUUUCAUCAUCAACAUUAAACACUUCUCCAACUGCAAUCACUACCUUUACUUCUGUCACAGCAACAACGACUUCUACUGCAAGCUGUAUUUCAUCACAAAAUUGCCAUAAUGCUGUAAUAGCAGAUGAUGGUACUGUUGCUACUACUACUACUACUACUAGUAGUAGUAGUAGUAAUAGUAAUAAUAAUGUUCAUGAUUCAACAAUGAUAACUAAAUCUGACAUUUGGUCAAUGAAUAGUAAAUUCGCUUCGAAUCUCUUAGAUGCUAUUUCACCAUCAUCUAGUUUAUUAUCAUCAAUGAUUGUUCAAUCAUCGUUACCAUUUUCAUCAAUAUUUAUGGAUUCGUUAACAGGAGGAGGAAUUAUAGUAGGAAGUUCUGGUACUAGCACUACUGAUACUAUUACAUCUGUCACUACUACAAACACAAGUGACAGUAAUACCUUAAUGAAUAGUAGUAGUAUCUUAUCUACGCCUAAAAACAUUUGUGCUUUAAUCAACAGUAGUAGUGUUGACAGCAAUAGUACAUUAGCUAAUGAAUUAUGUACAAGUACAUUUGGCGGUAAUUAUGGUACACUUUUACCUUCAACUACUACUCCGACUACUAAAUCUGGUUGUAGUAGCACUAGUGUCAAUACUACUACUACUACAACAACAACUGAAUCAUCCUUCACAACGUCCACAUCAACUAUCACUUAUGUUCAAUGGCGUAUGUUAUCCUCGGAUGGACAUGUUUACUUUUUACAUCAAGAUGAUUUUAAGGCAUUGAAUAUUGACGAUCAUAUUGAUUAUUGUAAGCCUAUGAGCUCUAACGUACAGGAAACAAAUUCAUCUCACCAUAGGAAUAUGUCGUUUAAAGAAGCAUUUCAGGCACAUAAUUAUUUUGUCGCAGCCAGAUACAAAAGUAAAGAACGUUGUUUAUCUAAACGAGCAAAUAAUCGAUUCAAUUUGCCGAAAAACUUUAUAUUUUACCGUGUUCGUGCUCGUCCUUUGUUGAAUAGUAAUAGUAGUAGUACUAACUGUGGCGGUGUUGGUGGUAUUCCUUCGUCACCUUCUCCAACUGGAAAUCUUAAUCGUCAGCAUCAUAAUAAUGGCAGCAAUAAAAAUUCUGUGAUUUGUGAUUCCCAUCCACUUAUUUUACCAGAUACAGAUGUUAAUAAAGAGUAAGUUUAUAAGUGACAUAUAUGUGAUUGACGGUGGUGGAGAGUAGGGGCGUUCCAAUCCGUUUGAGAUUUGUCCUCGAUGAGAAUAGGUCGGCGGGUGACGGUGGUAGAUAAUAAUCGAAGUAUUGUUGUAAUUAUUACUACUUAUUAUUAUUACAAAUAUUAUUCGCACUUUUAUUUUACUCUCCUUUGUUUUUCUCUCGUCAUUGUUGUCAUUGUUAUUAUUCUAACCUACUUGCAUACCUACCUACCUACCUACCAUAUCAUGCCUUUCAUACAUUACAUAUAUCACUUCAUCAAUCAUAAUAAAUUUCCUUCACAAUCAAGCAAGAUAUACCAAGGGUAAAAUUAAUAAAAAAGUAAUACUCUUUAAAAUGACACACACACAUCUACAUCUAUCAUAAUAUUAAGUUACCCCUCGACUAAUAUUGAAUGAUGGAACUCAUUAUACUAUCCCAUAACCCACAAUUAUACAGAUGUGGUUGAACGAAAAAUCGUCUAUUAUCAUUAGUACUAGUUCUCAAUAAUACAUUGAGAGAAAAGAAUUGAAUGUCAUUAUUCACAUUUCUGUUUCCUUAUUCUUCUACUUUGUCUCCCUUUAAACUUUUAGGAUAGUUCAUUACUACCAUUGAACUAUGUUGUUGUAUAUGAAACACUUACCCUUAACUAUUCUUUAUGAUUGUGUGAUCUCCUAUGUAUACACUAAUAUUUAUUAAGCGCCUGUGUCUUUCUUUUCCCACUUUCUCCCCUAUAUUAAACCAUAUAUAUAAUACAUAUAUAUGUAUUCCUUGUUUAUGUAUGAGGUACCCCUUUCCUCUUAUUCAUCUGGUUCAAGAGGUUAUUUAUUCUGUCUUCUUUAAACGUCUGGAUGAUUUCCAUCAUAGAACCUACUUCUGUCUGUUGGUUUUCGAUUGUUAAAUCUAAUCACUUGUUUGAAAAGUUUUUUUUGGCUUUAUUACGCACACACCCUUACCAUUUAUUUACAUAUAUUUUCUAUACUGUGUUCUUGUUCUAUGUUUGUGUUUCAGAUGAACAAUUGUGUAUAAAGCUAUCCAGUUCUCUUAACGACAUUAGUAUUAUUAUUGCCACUGUCCAUAAUAAACAACAUUGAUCAUGUUGAUGGUAUUCGUGGUGGUAUUUCCUUCUAUCUCUUUCUUUCUAUCUACAUUUAACAUCAACUAUGGCAAGCAAAAGAAUUCCGCAUAGAUUUUUCUCAUCUCUUUCUUAGAUUUUCAACUUGACAUGUAUAAAUUAUUGAUUAUUGUUUGUGUUUGCUUUAAAUACUGUGUAGAUUCUUCCUGAUAUAUUUUUCGCUCCUCUUCACUUAUUGUCAUCACUUCAAAAUGGGUAUAUAUGACCUAUCCAACUAUACCUAUACCUAUAUAUAUAUAUAUAUAUAUAUAAUUAUUUUUUACAGGCUUUUCUUUUUGAAAAUUAUUUCACAUCAUUUUGGUCUUGUAUUAUCUAAGACAAAUAAAAUCUUAUUAAACCUAUAAACUAAGCUAAUCCUAACUAAAUUGUUGAACAGUUACUGUUUUCUUACUAAACACAAACUAUAUACACUUUUUGUUUGUACUAAAAGAAUUGUCAUUAAUAUCAUCAUCAUCAUCAUCAUUAUCGUUCUUGUUAUUAUUGUCAAAACCUUUAUGCAUAUUAUGAUAACGUACGUACACAAUGAUAAAGCUUAACCGGUUUAUAUAUAUAUAUAUAUAUAUAUAUAUAUAUAUAUAUGUAUUUGUAAUUUACUCUGUACUAUAUAAAAGACUGAUAAAGUUUGCCCAUUUUAGAUAUAACACAGAUGUGUAUUCAUGAUCAUUUCUGUCAUGGUCUAUGUUUUGACUUUCUUUUCUCUUUUUUUUUCUUUUCUCUUUAUUGCAAUUGUUAAUCUUCUUUUUUUCUUUUUCCUUUAUUUAUUCUCUUUCAUUUAUAUUCUUUAUAUAUAAACACUGAGAUGAUAUAAAACAAUGACAAUGAACAAUUACACAAUUAUUCUCAUUUCAUACAACAAUGAAAACAUAACAACCAUUAUUAUUCAUACUCAGAAAUAAUUUCUAUUAAAUUAAAAGGAUUUUCUAGUUAAUAACUUAUACAUAUAUAGAUAUUGAAAGUAGAA